CACACAGGAGCCCUCAGUGUUGUUAAAUGACUCCCUGGAGAAGCAAUAUAAACAUCAGUGUUCAAUUCAAGGCCAUACUUCAGCUGGAAUGCACCCCACCGCAACUGCUUGUAGUAAGCACUUUACGUCUGUCUUCCUCUCUCUCCUUAUUUGUCUCUCUUCCCUCCCUCUCUCUCUCUCUCUCUCUGAUAAAACCGAGGACAGCGUCGUUGCCAUGGCACCGCCUGAGUCAGUACAGCGGUUAAAACACGGUCACUCUCCUGGUUUUAGUGUGGGAUGUUCAGUCAGCAUGUUGGUGCGCACCGGCUGAACGCAGCACUGGCAGCUACUGGUGUGUUCGCUGUAACUCCGUUCAGCUCUGUCCCGGGAUGAGACUUCAGCUGUGAGAGGAGGUCCGUCGUAGGAAGCAGACCCGGACACGUCGCACACCUGCGGCUGGAUGGAAAUAGAUGGAGGGACUUGCGCCGCAGCCGAGCUGUCGCCGCACUCGACCGAUUACUUCACCUCCUCUCCUGGUCGACGGGGGAGCGCGCUUGUAAGCUGAUUUGACCGGGGGAUGUGAAUACCUCUCCGGGAUUAGAAGGUUAUUGGGUGAACGACAAUGCCCCGCGGCUCGGUCCGGCACUCCCGGCUAUUGUUAGUGCGGCGGCGGACGCACGGUGCCCGGUCUCCCCCGGUUCCACGUCAUCUCCAGUAGCUGCACAGCCUGCUCCUCUGCCUCCUCGCUCCGGUCGCACUCCCGGUGUGGAUAGGAUAAUAUGACUUCCUGGCUCCGCACAUACGGCAGCGUCCCUCUGUGUCUCCUGCUCGGCUUCUUAGGGGUCUGCGCAGAAGCUUCCCGACCGGGUGACAGCGCAUGUUGGUCUCCCAGUAUCACUUCUUGUGCCGAGUGUCUCAGACGUGGACCGCAGUGUGCCUGGUGCUUCAAGGAGAACUUUCUGGAUGGAGCGGGCCCUAGCCACCGCUGCGACCUACCGGUGAACUUGCUCAGAAGAGGCUGCGGACAAGAGUUCAUGGAGCAGCCGGAGAUCAAAGUGGAGGUCAACGCCAGCACCAGCAGCACACAAGUGUCCCCACAAGACAUCAGCAUCACCCUCAGACCCGGUUCAGAGGCCAGCUUCAUAGUGGCUGUGAAGCAGCUGGAGCGUUAUCCUGUGGAUCUGUACUACCUGGUGGAUGUAUCGGCAUCUAUGCAGGAAAACCUUGAUCAUCUGAAGACGGUGGGCGUAGCUCUGUCUCUUCGUAUGACGGAACACUCCUCAGACCUUUGGCUGGGUUUCGGCUCGUUUGUGGACAAACCUGUCUCCCCUUACAUCAAUGUCCAUCCCUCCAAGAUCAACAACCCCUGCAGUGAUUACGAAAUCCGCUGUCGGCCAGCCCACGGCUUCCACCACGUCUUAAGUAUGACAGGGAAUAUGAGUGAGUUCACACGUGUGAUCAAACGCCAGCGCAUCUCCGGAAACAUGGACACGCCUGAGGGAGGACUGGAUGCUAUGCUGCAAGCUGCUGUCUGCCAGAGAGCGGUGGGUUGGCGGCCAGAAUCCAAACGUCUGCUGCUCCUGAUGACUGACCAGCCUUCCCACCUUGCCUUGGACAGCCGGCUGGCAGGGAUUGUCACGCCACAUGAUGGCCUGUGUCACCUGGAGAACAACAUCUACACGGGGAGCACCAGGAUGGACCAUCCCAGUGUGGGCCAGUUGUCUGACAAGUUGCUGGAAAACAAUAUUUACUCCAUCUUUGCUGUGGAGAAGCAACAGUACCAGUGGUAUGAGGAGUUAGUGCGCCUGCUGCCUGGCUCCUACCUGGGAAAGAUAGGUUUCUUCCAGGCCCCAAACCUUAUAGAGCUGGUGGUGGAUGCAUACAAGAGGUUGUUGUCAGAGGUGGCGGUGUCAGUGUCAGUCGAAGACAAGGCAGUCAGCAGGUACUGGGUGUCUGUGUCUCCCAUCUGUCCUGAUGGGUCCACUGUUAAGGACCAGAGCUGCACGGGGGUUCAACCUGACCAGACGGUUUACUUCAACAUCACCAUCGGCCUGCGCUCUUGUCCGGAUGAUGGUGAAGAUGAAGAUAUAACAGUGAUGGUUCGCCCUGUGGGUUACAACGAAUCUACCACUGUUAGGGUUCGCUCUAAAUGUGGCUGCAGUUGUGGACCAACAGGACAUUGCCGUGACAGCAACGAAUCACCAUGCAGCGGGACUGUAGACAGCACCAAGUGGGAGCAGAGGCCAGAUCAGGGACUUCUUAAAGACUCAAGCAGAGAUUCAAACUGGAAUUGCAGAGCUGAUGGGUCUGACGUGGACUGUAGUGGUCGGGGAGUAUGUGAAUGCGGGAGGUGUGUGUGUGAGCAGAGCAGGCUCGGGACAGUAUACGGGAAAUACUGCGAGAUAGAUGACUUUUCCUGCCCUUACGAAGGCGGACUGCUGUGUGGAGGACGGGGUGUGUGUGUGUCAGGUGAGUGCGUGUGCGAGGACGGCUGGACAGGUGAUAGCUGCGGUUGUACCGACUCCACAGCAACCUGCCAGUCGUCCGACGGCCUGCUGUGCAGUGGGCGGGGCAAGUGCGUGUGUGGCAAGUGUGUGUGUGAUGACCACCAAUACUCUGGAAACUUCUGUGAGAGAUGUCCUGCUUGCCAAACCACCUGCCAAUCAUACUGGAAGUGCGUGGGCUGCCACCUGUCUCAUGGUCUCACGCAAAAAGAGGCGGGACACUGCAACAAUACUUGCGCCUCAUUGGUGGGCUACACGGAUGAUGUAUCAGGUCAAACAGGGGAGAUGUGGAUUCAGUGUAUGUACAUCAGUAAUGACAGCUGUCGCUAUCGGUUUCAAACGAGCUCAGAGUCUGGACAGAACCAGCUUCACAUUAGCACAAGACCAGAGUGUGCAAGCAACAGCCGGCUGGUAGGAACUUUCCUGAGUGUGUGUGCGCUGACAGUGCUGUGUGGGCUGGUGGUGGUGGCCGUGUCCAGAUUGCUGCUACAGAAGAGAGGCUGGUCACCAGGGGACGCUGCUGAGCAUGGAGACUAUCACUGCACUGGCAAGGACCUGUCAUACAUUCCUACAACCAAUGAGAAGACAGUCACCUACAGGAGGGACCACCCGCCCGACCGACCUGUGGAGAUGCACAUCCAAGUUCCCAAGAUGCCCCUCGGUGACCCCUGGCAGUGCUAGGCAGAGUCAAAGGUCAAGGUGAAGAUCAGAAGGAAGUCAGUAGAGACAUUCAGUAGAGAAGAGUUGGACUUAUGGCUUCUCUCUUGCUCUCUCUCUUAACCUUCAUAUAACUCCAACCAGUUCUACAUGGACACUCUGAUGGUAGUAAACUAACCUAUGAAACCUCUGUGGAAUCACACUUGUAAAAUGAACUGAAAUACUUUUCAUAGUGUGUGACUAACGUGGCCAGUAUCCCGGAAAUCGAGAUGAGACAAAGAGCACAAGUCCCCCACUUCUUCUUCCUCUGUAGCAGCAGGGAGGCUACUUCUUCUACAGGGUAAAGGGUUCCUCGCUUUUUAGCCAUGUAGCAAUUACUGCUCUAACUUAUGAGUGUGUGUGUGUGUGUGUGUGUGUGUGUGUGUGUGCGUGUGUGCACGCAUGUGUGUAUGUGUGUGGUGCAGGUACAUGCAUUGAUGCUCUAUCUAGUCUCUCUAUUUAUGAUUUUGUAGUUAAAACACUACAUGUUUUAGGUUUACGUGAUUGUGUGGCUCCCCAACACUCCAAAUGUAAUAUCUCUCUGUCUUAGUCUGCCCCCGUGUGGUCAGCUUGAGGUACGACAUUUUUUUUCCUCCAAUUAUACUGUCUACACAUUCCUGACCUCAGCUGUAUUGCCUUGGGAUUUAACUCGUGAGGCACACCAAUGACUCAAUAUGGCUUUUUAUUUUACAUUUUUACUUUGAGUAGAUUUUUCAGUGAUUGGUGGUGUACGUUGUUCUAGUGUUUUGAACUGUUUCAUUGUAUUUUUGCAUUGUCUUUUUGUUAACGGAUCAACUGCAAUAGCAAAUUAGUGUUAUUUUAUGGCAUUUUUUUCUAUCAUGAUAGGGGAGAAUGUAGUUUUAUGUGAUUUUCAGUUGUUAAUAAUCUGUUAGACUUGCACUAGAACAAUUGUUUUGCAUUAUACUACUGAAAACUGAGGAGGCUCGUCAUGUCAGGACAGAACUGGAUAGUGGGUUUGGAAGAACUCUUGUGCUAUAAAUUGGGCAUUAGAAGGCAUUAAAAGUGAAUAAGUGCGUUUGAAGCUAAUGUAACAAAUCCACUGGAAUUACAAUGGAAGUAUUUUAAAUAACAAUAUACUGACAAUUACUGGUAACAAUAUCAUCAAAAGCCUGAGCAUGUGACCUCUACAUCAGAGACAGAACUGUGUCUGCAUGAAUCUAUUUAAUGAUGAUCAUCUGUUGCUACAUCCAGCUGCACUGGACUGACAACUUUACACUUUGAUAACAACGCCUGGGCAAAGGUACAACUCAGCUCUAAAGGUACAGAGAUCAGAGGUGGAAUUACACUCCUAACACCCCUCAUGCACUAGAUCCUCUGGAUCCAGAGUGCCAAUUGCAUGGCAUCUUGUGAGAAUUUCGCUUGCCCAAUCCCGUUCCUCUUUUUGAUUAUUAUUUAACGCAAUGUUUACAGCAAUAGCUGCUCUAUUUUACUGUAAGUCAGGAACACUAAUUAUUAUUUAUUGUGAUGUUAUUAUAUUUUCUUUGUAUUUGAUAUAUUAAUUGUGCUAUUUUAUGGCAAGGCUACUUGAGUUACAGGUGGAAGUACUGUUUGUGUUUAUGAAGAGCAGUUUGUCUCUAACCCUGAGAAUAAUUCAGCAAUAAGGUAUUAAUCAUCUCAUCUAACCGGGCACUGAGUUCGGAAUAACAACAGCACUUUUUUUUGUAGUUUUGCUGUCAAUCAAUGUGACUAGAUGUGUAGCAUGACUGUUUUCAUCACAAUAAAAAUGUGCAAGAUUUCUAUCA